AUGAAUGAGGCUGCUAGCAAAACUAAUAAAGCUGAGGGUGCUGGAAGAGAUGAUAAGAAACCUGCAAGAAAACCGGAGGAUAAACUGAAAAUAUUGAGCCAGAUUCAUGCAGAUGAUCCUAAUGUGCUUCCGGGUUCUGAAAAGAUGAUAGAGCUGACGGAUCAAAAUUUUAAAGAAUUUAUACUGCAAGAAGAGCGUCUCUUAAUCUUUUUCAAAGCACCAUGGUGUAGAAUUUGCAGAGAAGUCUAUCCAAUGGUAGUCCGUGCGUGUUUUGAAGUAUCAAAGGAUUAUCCGAACUAUCGCUUCGCAACGCUGGAUUGUGAUAUGUACGAAGAUGUUUCCCAGCAACUGGAUGUACGACAACUUCCUUGGAUGAAAUUAUAUAUCAACGGAAAAUUUACAGGCGAUUUUGUUGGAAAACGUACCGUAGGCAAUAUCAUGGAUUUUGUUAUAAAGAGUGAAUUACGGGCAAAAUCAGCAAAAAAAGAAACUGAGAGUAAGGCUGAAGCAGCUGGAGAACAAUCGCAAAAAGUAAUUGAAAAGAAAUCAGAAAAGAUGACACCGGAUGUAGUAGUAACAAAAGCAGAGAAAAGUGAAAAAAGAUUAGAAAAAGGCGAAAAACCAGUAGAAAAGGGUGAAAAAAAAUUGGAAAAGGAAAAGGGCGAAAAGAAAGCCGACAAACCGGCUAAGAAUGUAGAAAAAGCUGAAAAGAAAGAGGAAAAAUAG